AUGAACGGCUGGAACCUUUGCGGCGAUUUGCGCGGCGAGGCGCAGCGCAGAAAGCGCAGAUGCUGUGCUGAGAAGGGCGCAACGACGGAGAACUGGGAAAUCGCAGAGGCGGGGGUUGGGGAAACGAGGGAGUUCGGCGGAGGCGGAAUGCAUGCGCGGAGGCGGCAGGUCGACGUGGCGAUGCGCGCGAGCGGCAUGAUGGGCGGAGGAACAGGGAGCGCGGAGGAGCUGUCGUUAGAGGCGCGCCGUGGAGAAGGUGAACAAGAUACUGCUGCAAGCAGUGAUGGCUCGCCGCUCCGUGGAGGCGGGGACGCCGUUUCAAGCGGCUGGUACAGGGCGCAAGCGAGGUCGCACGGGGCUCAUGACUCUGCUGCUGCACACCGCAUAAGGGAGUCGGUCCCCCAUCACUCCCCCAACACUCCCCCAUUGCUCCCCCAUCGCCCCCCCAUCGCUCCCACAUUGUUGCCCCCAUUUCUCUUAAUGCGGCAGCACCUGCUAGCCCAUGCAAUCUCCCUCUUCCAUAACUACCGCACUCGUCUGCCCCUUUCCACUUCUUCGCCUCUCCCCUCAUGUGCGUUUCUGGCAGCACCUGGCAACGGUUUCACGGGGGAGAUUGCGUUCGCGGCGGAGCAGGUGCGAAGGGCGCAGAAGGAGCGGGGUGCGGUGAUGAGGGGUGACGGCGGUGACGCUGGCGGAACAGGGCAGGGGCGGAGAGGAGAGGAGGGCGCGGAAUGUAUUUGGGGGGGAUCGGGGGGGGACAGGGGGGUGGGUGGGGGAGGAGCAGGCGGGAGUGGGCGGCGGAGAGGCAUGGGCGAAAGUGGCGGAGGUGGGUUCGCAGCUUCCGCAGUGGCUGCUGGGAAAGGCGGCGCCUGCGCCCCUGUCCCCAUCCCCAUCCGCUCCCUCGCGCCCAUCUCACUCCGUCAGCACAAGCCACGGUAUGCCAUCGCCGCCCCUCUCCUCCCCAGCCCCCGCCUACCCCAGCUUCGUACCCGCCAGCCACACCAUGCCGGUAGGGCCUUCCGCACCCCGGGGCCACGCCAUUCCCCCCUCCAUCUCCGCUUCCCCGGCUGCCCCCAUGCCCGCUCCCUGUGCGGCCACUGCUCCCAACGCCCCUCCACACACAGCGCGUUACAAGGCCGGCCAGUGGCAGCAACAGCAGCAGGUGUGGUGAGGAGAAUAUCCCUGUCAAUACCACAGCAGCCGCAGCAGCCGCUGCGGGUUCUUGUGGAGGCAAGCUUACCACUCUCCCGCUGCCGCCCCUCCUUCUCUUUCCCCGUCCCGGUCGCCCGUCAAACCCCUCCCCCCCCUUCUCCUACCACCAUCCCCCUGGUCCCUCCCGCGCAUUCCCCAUCUCCCUGCCGCCACGCCCCUCCCAGCCGACAUGCCCCUCCCUGCCGAGCUUCCCCUGCUGGAGAAGGAGCGCCUCAAGGCCGGGCUGCGGCGUUCUCAGCGCCAUGGCUCCGUGUCUGCUUCUCCAAUCCCCUCUCCCCGGCCCCACUGCUCUCAUCUCAUCUUCCUUCUCCUUCCCUCCCCCAUUCCUUGCCCUUCCUCCCUGCUUCCCCCUCCUCUCGCUUCUCCAUGUCCCGCCUCCAGCUCUUUGCUCUCCCUGCCUCACCACUCUGUGCCGCUGCCCGCCCAAGUGAGCCCAGUGGCAUCCGCGCGUGCCUGCCGCCUGCUCCUUCUUGGGACCGCUUCGUCUGGGCGCCGCAAGCACCGGGGGCGAAGGAGGGGCAGUCAGAGGGAGGAGCCCCUUGCAUCAGCCCCUCCGCCGCACGCCUCGCCCGCACCAGCAGCAUUAGCUCCUCUGCUGCGUGGCCCCCAUACGCUGCUGCCCUGGGGGGGAACACAGGCGGGAGCACAGGCGGGAGCAUGGGGGUGGGGGGGAGUGGGGGGGAUGGAGGGCAGCUUGGAGGCGGCGGGUGUGAGGGGAGUAGCAGCGGCGGAGAGACAGGAGCGCUCGGGCAUGGAGGGAUCCCCCAGGUCCCGCGUGGUGUGCUCACUCCGUCUUCUCUCACCCCGCCUGGCUGUGAAACCGAAUACAUGGGCGAGAGGGGCACCUCCUUAACCUGUAACGGAUGGUUUCCUCAUGAUACUUGA